CAACGACACACUCUUAUCUGGCUUUCGCUGUUCAAAGGACAUUUUACCAUGUCAACAGCUCAAGAAGUCUUCCGUUCAGAGGGGUUAAAAAGACGCAUUUUGGAAUUGGCUAAUCGAUCCUUCUUAAAAAGGAACAUUCGCCCCAAAGCUCCGUGCUGGUACAGGCUUCUCGGAGUCCAAAAACUCUACUGCCAGAACAAGGCCCAAGAAGAAGGUGCAAAACAACAAUACGAGAAGGGCCGAAAGAGUUUUAUCGACUACUUUCUUUCUAUUCUUGAAGACGUUUUCAAGAACUUCAUGAGCAAAAGCGCUUUUGAAGCUUGCGAUAUGUUUCGUCAGGAAGUGGAAAAUAUCAUGCAACUUCUCGUCUGGUUUAAGUGUGACGCCAUGGACGAAGAACAAAGACUAAGGUGUAUUGAUGUUUUCAACAAAGCGGCCGAGCUACGUGCAAAGAUGAUGGGGGAGAAGCGAUUUAAUGCGGUUUUUAAUAUGCUGAAAGACAAGUGCCUACAGUUGCAAGAUGAAAAAAGGUUAAGUGAUUGUCUUACUUCACUAGGGAUAAAAGAGGCAUUCAGUUGUUUCUUUUCCCCUCAUCUGUCCCUUGAAGCUGGAGAGAGAGCUAAAGAUUACUUUAUGGAAGCCGAUAGAAUCCAGAGCGACCUUUCAAUUAAUACCGGUAACAGCAGAGCCCAGUGCCUUGCCAAAUAUGGCCGUUGUGUCUCUAUAGAUGGGGAAUUUGGCAAAGGAAAGGAAAUGAUUAAUAAAGCAAUCGAUAUUCGUAAGGGGCAUGGCAAAGAGGAUAGCGUCAUGUUAGGUGCAACAUACAACGACUUAGCAGGUGAGCCUAAGUUCAACAUCGUUCCCAGGGUCCUCUCCCUUCCCUCCUCGAGAAAGAAGAGCGAAGAAGUAGUAUCUUAGAUAAGGAGGGGAUGCAGAGCACCGAAGGAAAGUUAAAAGCCUGAGGCACAAGGCGUUAAGUUCUUUCCUAGAUCCGUCCCUAGAGAUGGUUGAGCCCAGUAGCUGGCCAUCUUACCGUGAGGGCUUUGUCGAAAGAGAAUCAGUUAUGAAUAUGCUGUACUUUAAAAUGAAGUUUCAACUCAGUUUGAUGCUCGAUUUCCUAUGUCUCCUAGCUUGAUACCACUUUAGCCUAAACUUGAUUUUAACCUUCUACAGAUACAAACCGCGAGCCCAUAACCCAGAGUGAGCAAUUUCCAUAUGUUCUCGUGUGACGUCGUUUUGGAACCGACCAAUUUAUUUUUUGAACGAUUUUGGCGCGAAUUUAGAAUAGUCCCACAAACCAGUUAGCAAAUCUUACAGAAAACUGUAAAAAAAACUGUAUUAUUGACCUUUUAAUGACAUUUAGUAUUUUUUUUUCAUAUCUUAUACCUCGAAUGUGCUCAUUGACGGAGCGGCCUUCCAUUUUUGUGGGAAACUAAACUGUAUCUAAAAAUAAGGUUCGUGAAAACGCCCCCCCCCCCUCCCAUAGGCAUAGGCUUAGCUAAAGGCUUUGUUCGCUCCGGGUUAUGCCAAGGGCUCCUAUACAAACUGGUUACAUAUUUUCAUGAUUUUCAUGUUAAUAUUGCCGUGAUAAUGUGCUUCGUUAAUUGGAAUAACUUUUAUGAAAAACCUACAAGAACAAUAAAUCCAGCAACGAAACUGUACAUUUCUCCUGUGUUGUAGUUGUCCUCUUCCUGGAAGCGGCACAUCAUCAAAAACAACAUCAACAAGAACGAGCCAAUGCACUUUUCCGAGAAGCCGUAAAAUUCAGAACACAGGAAACGCUUCCAAUAUACAGAGAAAAGCUGGGCGAUCAUCCUUUUACAGCUACCAUCCUAAACAACCUGUCCAAAAACUACCGUGCUCUGGGACAGUUCGAAGACGCUAAAAAGUGUUCAGAGGAGGCGCUGAAAAUUCGGUGGAACUUCCUUCGGGAGCACAUGGAAACAGCUUUAUCUCUAUUUGAGGUUGCAAUGGCAUUUAAGGAAACGAACGAGUUACAGGCAGCAAAAACUAACUUUGAGCAGUGUUUAGCCAUGCAGGAGAAGGUGCUGGAUACGAAACACAAGGAUCUCGAAAGGUAA